GCAAAUGUUAAGUAAGAGUGGGUAUGUCUGAUCUUAGCACAAGAGUUUCAGUGUUGUCAUUUUGUGAAGCAACGCGCACAUAAUCCAGAGUCGAAAUGAGGAGAAAAUUAUUUGUUUUACUUAUUUCAGGCCUAUGUUCUGCAUGCUAUGCAGCUGUUGUAGACCAAGGCUGUGAUUCCCCGCCACAGGAGAAAUCUGCUUUUGUGUCGCUAAACAGUGAGACAACAUUUCAAGAUGGAGACUUUGUGACGGUCACCUGUCACGAUGGGUAUAGUUCACAAGGAACCAUUAAAUACCAGUGUAAGAAUAAGACUUGGAUCAAAACCAGUGGUGGAAAAUGCAGACAAAAGCAAUGUGGACAUCCUGGUGAUAUCAUGUAUGGGUACUUCCAGCUUGUGGAAGGGGAUGACUUUGUGUUUGGAGCACAGGUGAAAUAUUCCUGCAAUGAAGGAUACAUUAUGACAAGUCAAAUAGAUUAUCGCGUCUGCCUGUCAGAAGGAUGGAGCAACAGUCUUCCACAUUGUGAAGUACAACGAUGUAUGCCUGAAAAGGCAGUGGCUGGGGUAUUGAUCAACAGUGGCAGGUUUGCAGUCGAUGAAGCAGUUCCAUACGGAAAUGUCAUAAAAUUUCAGUGCAGUUCUCCAAAACUCAUGUUGAAGGGGGCAUCAGAGAUAUUUUGCAAAGGAGAUGGAACGUGGAGUGCUCCAUAUCCAACAUGUGAAGAACCAAAGUGUACACCACCACCUGACAUACUCAACGGAAAUGUUAAGCAGAAGAAAAAGCCUUCCUAUGCUAACAUGGAAACAGUGGAGUAUACCUGCGAUGAAAUGUUCCUCCUUGAAGGAUCUAAAGUUAUAACUUGUAAUAAUGGGAUAUGGACAUUAAUACCAAACUGUAAACGUAGACCCACUUUCUGUGCCAAACCUGACAUUCACAAUGGAUUUUUAUAUCCUUCGAAGGAGAAGUAUUCACCAGGAGAUCAUCUAUAUUAUUCCUGUGAUACGGGUUACAAGCCUGCCAGUGGCCACUGGUGGGAUGCGGUACAAUGUAAAGACGGAGUGUGGACAAGUGAAAUACGGUGUUCACAAACAUUUGAUUGUGGCUUUCCAUCACAAGUUCAAAAUGCAGUGGUGAUGUCAGAUGUGAGGCCAAUUAGGGAUAUGGAGGAAAUUCAAUAUGUCUGCAAGAAAAACUAUAGACUGAACCCAAACUAUAAAACAAAAUGUCAGCGAGGUCAAUGGACGGGACUCCCUCAGUGUCAAUGGUUUCCAGUAUGUGCAAAGCCAAGUAUCACUAAUGGGUACAUAUAUCCAAACAAAUCAGAAUUUCGUGAAGAAGAAUAUAUCUAUUUUUACUGUAAUACUGGUUUUCACUUUACUGGAAUUCAUUAUGCAUAUUGCAGAAAUGGAAAGUGGGAUCAAGAAAUUCCAAAAUGUCAAGCAAUACAGGGAUAAAAAGACACCAUGGAGAAUUUCUGCACUGGAAGACUUCAUUAAGUUCAAGAGAUGAAGGAAAUGAGAGUAUAAAAAUCUCUGGCAUUAAGUUCUGUUUUAAGUCUUUCUAAUAUAGUAUAAAGUAUGCUUUACAAAAGUAAUAAAAAUGAUCUUUGCUACCA